AUGGAAAUCCAGUGUUCAAAUCAUACAAAAAAGUCUAUUCACCUACCGAAAAUCCAUUAAAAUUAUUCUUAAAUGAAGAAGGAUAAAUUAAAACAGUUUUUUCGUACUGACAGAAGUAUAUCCGAUACAAAAUAGCAUUAUUUUUACCAUUCGUCCAAAAAAUAAUCACCUAAAUUUAAUGAUCAACCGUAAACCGAAAGAUUGCCUCGAGAGAAUUAGUAAUUGAUAUUGUUGAUAUUUAGCAAAGAAAAAAUCUUGGAUUUUUAAAAGAUUGAUCAACCAACUCAAAGACAUUUAUUGUUGUAAAAAUGGAAAAUCAAUCCAACUACUGUUCAUCGAUAAAUCAAUGCGUAAUUAUAUGAUCAAAGCAGUAACAACUCUUUCUCCUCAAAUAAAACUCAAUUAUUUGAUGAAUCUGGAUCUGAUUGCGAGUACUCCUCCAAUUAAUCUUCAGAUGACGAAGACUCUGAUCAAAGCUCCGAGAUGAGAUUCAAGGACUUCGAGAAAGACAUAGACAAGAUAUAGAAGAAAAUAUGUAAGCAAUUCUUAUUUCAUCCUUAGCUAAUGAUCUAAACAGAUCUUACUUCGGUUACAUUAAGAAUUAAGAUAAGUUGAAAGAUUUAAUCUCAACCUUUAGAAAGAGAGACUCUCUCAAUCCCUUAUACUUCUUUUGCAUGAAUCAAAAUCUAUUUCCCAAAAGAAUUGAUCUAUCCAAUUGUUUAAUUGAAUAAAAAGAAAUGAAUUUUAAAGAUUUGAAAGUCAAUUCAAAAUAUUUCCCCUUGCUAUCCCAAUUGUUAAAAUCCAAAAAGUGCAAAAAGGUGAGAUCCGUCAUCCUGUCAUCCAAUCACUUGAGAGAACAUUCAUUAUCAAUAUUUAUUGAUUCCUUUCCAGACUCAAUAAAAGACUUGAACAUCUCCUAAAAUGAACUCGGAAGACAAGGAGCCCUACUGAUUGCCAAAUUAUUCAACAAACACAAGAGGUACUCUAUUGUUCUCUAUUCAGCUUGAAGGCCUUGAAUGUAGCAAACAACUUGUUGGGCGAUUAAGGAGCAAUUACUAUUCUUAAUGCAAUACGAGAAGCUCGAACAGUCAAAAAAUUGAAUCUGUCUCAGAAUCAGAUCACUGACAAUGCUACUCUAGAACUAUAGAAUUUCUUAUUCUCAAAUCAAUCUAUUGAGGUCUUAAUUUUAAACUGGAAUCAAUUAGGACCUCAAUCAGGGAUUGGUAUAGCUAAGGCUUUGAUUUAGAAUAAGAAUCUAAAGGUGCUCGAUUUAAGCUACAAUCAUUUAGGGUUCAAUGAAAAGAGCAAUUGCAUAAUGUAAUGGUGUCAAUUAAUUGAAAAUCCUAAUUUAGCCUUGUGUCACUUAGAUAUUUCAUACAAUCAAAUAAAUGAGAAAUAGAUGGCCUUAUUGCAAAAAGCACUCGCAAAAAACAAUACCCUGUAUGGCAUACAUAUAGAAGGGAACAAAUGCCCUGCUUUUAUUGAUGCUUUUGGGUUUCUGCAAUUCUCAAAACAGGAAAAUUUGAUGAAGUAGGUGCAACAAAAAAAAAUACAAAUUGAUGGAGUCAAUUACAUCCCACUAUGUAAUUCUCAAGAGAUGUAAUUCAAUUGCUGCUGGAUUUGUUAAGGGUGGAAAGAACACCAAUUUACUUAUACUCCUGAGUAAAAUAGUGAAUAAGUGCCAAUAUUUCUACAUUUGGACUUCCUUGAGUAUUUUAAUAAUUAACUAUAGUUAUAAGCCCAUUCCGUUGACUUCAAGCUUCGAGAUGAAAUAAUAAUUGAUCGAAUAAAACAAAAGCAAUAAAUAAUUAGAACUUACUACUGGAGAGAUUAUUCAUUAAUUAAAAUCAAUAACAGAUGCUGAAAAAAAGAUUACAAUGGCUGCCAUUGAAGAGGCAUAUCAUGUUGAAACCAAUACUAAAAAUGAAGCCUAAAGCCAAAUCAUUGAAGAAUUUAAUAAGUUGUAUUACACUACUUAUCAGAUGUGUCCACCAAAAAGCAAGAUUUUAUACUUUUUCUCUGAUCCUCUAAGAGAGAGAUACUUUUAUGAUCCAAGUUUAGAGUAUAUUUAAAGCCCUCUCGAUGACUUAAUUUUAUAAGGGAAGGAUCCUAAGCACUAAAUGCAUGUUUUCACAGAUAAUACUUAGAUUCCUUUUUAAAAAAUCAACUUUGUAAAUGUUUUGAACACUAAGUAAGAAUAUAUCAUUGAUGAUAAAAAUAACUAUAAAGCAUUAAUUAAGGUGAAACCAAGGACUCUGUAAAGGAAAUACAUAUUGACGAAAUAUUUGGGGAAAUUCAAAAAUAGAAAAGGGAAUGUUGGCAUUUGGUCAAAGGAUGAUUCUCUCAUUUUCAGGAGCAUGAUUGGGGAUUCGGAGGAAAUUUUGGAUUCGGCAUUCGAACAGGAUUGGAGUUGUUCUAAGAUUUAAAGAUUUGUAAAGAGUGAUUAUGAGAAGAUUAAAUUGAAAGAAUAUUUUAGAUAGAAAUAUCAAUUGAUAAAAGACAUCUAUAAAUAUUUUUCUAGUUUUGGAUACUAGCCACCUUUGUUUGAUGUUUUCUGUAUAUAGUAUGGCUAAUUCAAUAAGAUUCUGGCUUCAAUUGUUGAUGGUGAAAACUUGAAGCAAUCAGAUGUUGAGAGUGACUUGGUGUCAAUAAAAAAUAAUGUGGAUUCUAAAUUUAUUUACAACCCUGAUAGAGCUAUAAUUAGAUAUCAAUUUAUGGAAGUUCUCUUUAGAUUAGCGAACGAUAAAUUUAUUCGAUCAGGAUAAUGUAAGAAUUUUGCUGAUGCAGUCUAUAGAUUACUGAAGGAAUUGGAAUAGCAUUAUGAAAUUCUAGACAACAGUCAAAAGUGGAGAGAGAAGAGAUUUUGGACAAAGGAAGUGGAUAUGAUACUGUAAUUUAAAUCUCCCUUUUUAAAAAAGCUAUACGAUUUAGCUUCAGAUUUAACCAGUAAGAAAUGGUACUUUAAAUUGAAGUGGGUGUCCAUCAAAGAAUUCAGAGAGUUUUGUAAAUUAUAUACGAAUGAUAUACUGUCUGAAAAAUAAGUGACAGUAAUUUUUAAUUUUUCUAUGCAAACCUAAGCUGACGAGGUGACUCAAGAUCGUUUUUUAAGGAUGACUUAUAAUGAGUUUUUGGAGGGAUUAGGAAGAGUGGCUGAGAAAAUAAGUCCAGCUCCCAUAGGAGAAGAUGCUUAGGUUUGGCCAGUCCUAGCCAGACAAACUCUGCCAUUGCAUAUAAAAUUAGAAUCAUUAUUAACGUUUAUAUUUCUUAAAUUGAGGAGGUAUUAAUUGAUAUUAGCAGUCUUAGACAACCUGAAUUUAGUUAAUUUACUGAAUUAUUCUGCAGAGAGAAUGUCGAUGCUUAGGAAACCCGUAUUAUUUUUAUGCCAAAGGUCUAUGAAAAGCAAUCGAAAUUAGAGAAUUCAGACGAGUUCAUCAUUACAACCAAUCAAUUAACUGUAUACAAUACGAUAUCAUUUAUCAGUAAUGACAUUUAUUUUAUGGUAUUAGAUUCUCAUCAUUAACCAUAUUUGCAUCCAAAUUAUAGAAAUUUCUUGUAAUAGAUUGUUAAAAAGAGAACUCUGAUUAAUCCAAACACUAUUUACACAUUGAAUAAUAAUGGACUCAGUAGACAGACUACAGGGAGGACAACUAUUUUUGAACAAUAGCAAUAAGCCUUGUAAACAAACAAUAUGAUAGCAGUAAUGGAAGAGUAUGAUGAUUAAUGA